AUGACAUCUAUCACAGCUGCUCGGCCAUCAUUGACAUCUAAUGAUUCAGCUGUACUACAAGCUCUAUUUGAUGCAGAAUCAUCUCCGUCAUCAGGGGUCAUCGUUGAUUCAUCGCUUCCCUCAUGGCCAUCAUCUCUGAACAUCACCGAAACAGACUUGGUAUCACUCAAGCAGCGCGAAACAGACAUCAUCCGCGAGCUACAAUCAAAUAAAUCACCAAGCAUAGAGACAGUCCAGUCUGCACUGGAGGACUUCGACACUCUCCUCACACGGAAUCCAACAUAUCCCUCGGCAUACACAAACCGAGCACAAACACUCCGCCUGUUGGUUGAUCUGAUCUACAACAAGGAGGCGGGUGAUGACCGAGGCACUGAUACCGAGCUAGCUGAUGCUGCCCUCUUUGCCCCGUCAACCUCUCAGCUUUGCUCCCGCAUCUUCUCCGACCUUGGCCAAGCCAUAACCUUUGCCACGCCCGCUUCUCCCGCCGAUGCAGUCUCAAGUACCCAGGCACGGUUAUUGGCGGACGCGCACACGCACAGGGGUUACUUGCUUCUGAAGGCGGCGCGUGUAAAGAAGGCUGGUUCAGGCGAUGAGACGGGUCCGGAGCGGCUGCGCGGACUUUCGGCUGAUCAGCUUGAGGAGAUGGCUAGUCGGGACUUUUUCUUUGGGGGCCGCUAUGGGAAUAAGGUUGCGCAGCAGCUUUCUGUACAGACGAAUCCUUACGCGAAGAUGUGUGGGGCUAUUGUAAAGGAGGCGAUGAGGAAGGAGCUUGAGAAGUGA